AUGGUCUACCUUCGACACAACCAGCUCCCGGCGCUCAAGGAGUACAAGUACUCUUCGGUUGAUCGGUCGCUCACGUCCAAGUACAUCCUCAAGCCGUUCUACAAUAAUUUCGUCAUCAAGCUGUUUCCCAUGAGCAUGGCCCCCAAUUUAAUCACUCUGACUGGAUUUGUGUUUGUGGUAAUCAACGUCUUGACGCUCCUGUGGUAUAAUCCUACCCUCGACCAGGACUGUCCCGCUUGGGUGUAUUUCAGCUGGGCUCUGGGUCUCUUCCUGUACCAGACUUUUGAUGCCGUCGACGGUGCUCAGGCACGCCGAACCAAGCAAUCCGGUCCCCUCGGCGAGUUAUUUGACCAUGGUGUUGACGCUCUCAAUACUAGUCUUGAGGUUCUCAUUUUCGCUGCUUCUCAGAACAUGGGCCAAGGCUGGAAGACGGUUGCGACUCUCUUUGCUUCCCUCCUUACUUUUUACGUUCAGACCUGGGACGAGUACCACACCAAGACACUCACACUCGGCAUUGUCAACGGUCCAGUUGAAGGUGUCUUGAUUCUGGUCGCCGUUUACACCCUGACCGGUUUGCUCGGCGGAGCCCACAUCUGGCAGCAGAGCAUGCUCAAAGCCAUUGGUAUUCCCGAGACCUUGGGAACUCCCACGUUCAUCUACGAGCUCUCCUUCACCGAGUGGUACCUAGUCCAAGGCGCCAUCGUGCUAGUCCUCAAUACCGUCGAGUCUUCCUUCAACGUCAUCCGAGCGCGACACGAACGUGGUGACCGCUCCCGCGGGGCUCUUGUCGGCCUGUUACCUUUCUUCGGCGUUUGGACUCUGAUAGUCACCUAUCUGCACCUGCAGCCCAACAUUUUGCACCACCACCUCGUCCCCUUUGUACUUUUUGCCGGUAUUGUCAAUGCCUACAGUGUUGGGCGGAUGAUCACAGCCCACCUCGUCAAGCUUCCCUUCCCUUACUGGAAUGUCCUCAGCAUCCCCCUAGCAUGCGGUGUUAUCGACUCUCUUGGUCCUGUUCUCGUCAAGCGAUUCGGCAUUGGUUGGCCUAGCGCCCUUGGACACGACGAAUACCAGGUUUCUUUCGUUUUUCUCAUCCUUGGUAUUGCUUUUGGUGUCUAUGGCAGCUUCGUCGUCGAUGUUAUCGUGUCCAUCUGUGACUAUCUCGACAUUUGGUGCUUGACUAUUAAGCACCCCUAUGACGAGUUCGGCCCCAAGGCCAGCGGCGAGAAGAUUCACUAA